UGGACACGGUUGAACCUGAACACAUCGGCAGGUGGUGUGUGAGGGUGAGGGGUGAAGCGUGUGUGUGUCAGUUGACACCUGAUGUGUCUGAGGUACAAGCAGUUUUUGUUUCCUGUUACAAAGGAGUCACACAAGUGGUUGUACCUGCCCUUUAAUUAUUAACUCACACAAGCAGCUCGCUGAUGUAUUUUUAAAAGCUCUGCUGUUGGAUACAAACAUCCGUCAGACUGACAGCCAACACAGGAGUCUCUGGGACGAGCUCGGGAACCUGUUUGGAGAUCCGAGGUCCUCACAGGACAGCCGGGCUCCAGGCACAUGAGGAUCUGAUAGAAUCUGAUGCUCUGCUGGAGCUUAAAGCUGCCAGCAGGACAGGAAGGAGCUCAGAUGAGCUCCAACAUGCUGACAGGCACGUGAGUGCAGCUCUGAGUACUUUUACUGUCAUGGUUACAUGCUUUAAGGCUCUGGAUGCAGGCUGGCUUGCUUGUCGUGGAGUGUUUUCACUGCGUAGGACUUGUACUCGAGUAAAGGAUCCGAGUACCUCAGCCCGUGUGGCACUAAUGACCCCUCAUACAUGAGAGACCACCGCACCGCAGCAGCAGCCUGUCUGUCCGCCUGUCUGUCCGCCUGUCUCUCUCUCAGAGUGUUUUAGCUCCUCUCGGCGGUCGGUUGCUGCUCAGCUGUCACCGCCGUCUUGUUAUCGAUCGUUAUUUAUCGGAUCAAUAAGAUCGCAGCGGGAUGAAGCUUCUGUGCAGCGGGUCGAUCGCGACCCUCCUGCUUCUCUUCUACCUUCCAGUUUACUUGGCGGCUCACGGUCGCUAUGCUCAGAAGCUGAUGAAUGACUUGUUCUCCAACUACACCAACGCUUUGCGACCUGUGGAGGACACUGACCACAUCAUCAACGUCACACUGCAGAUCACCCUCUCCCAGAUCAUCGACAUGGAUGAGCGCAACCAGAUCCUGACCACCUACCUGUGGGUCCGGCAGGUGUGGAUGGACGCCUACCUCACCUGGAAGAAGGAGGACUAUGAUGGCCUCGACACCAUCCGCAUACCGAGCAGCUACGUGUGGAGACCAGAUAUCGUCCUGUAUAACAGCGCAGACGAUGAGUUCUCCAGCUCAAUGGAGACCAACGUGGUUGUUCGUAACGACGGUCAGGUCAUGUGGGACCAGCCAGCCAUCACCAAAAGCUCCUGCUCCGUGGACGUGGCCUUCUUCCCCUUUGAUGAGCAGGAGUGCCAUCUGACCUUCGGCUCCUGGACUCACAACGGCAACCAGAUGGACUUGUUCAAUGCCUUGGACAGCGCUGACCUUUCUGACUUUGUCCCCAAUGUGGAGUGGGAGGUUCUGGGCAUGCCAGCCAAGAAGAACGUCAUCUUGUAUGGAUGCUGUUCAGAUCCGUACCCAGACAUCACGUUCACCCUGCUUCUAAAGAGACGUGCCUCCUUCUACAUCUUCAACCUCCUCAUCCCCUGCAUGAUGAUCUCCUUUCUGGCUCCUCUGGGAUUCUACCUGCCGGCUGACUCAGGUGAAAAAGUCUCUCUGGGUGUCACAGUGCUGCUGGCCCUCACCGUGUUUCAGUUGCUGGUGGCGGAGAGCAUGCCGCCCUCCGAGAGCGUCCCACUCAUAGGAAAGUACUACAUUGCUACCAUGACGAUGGUGACUGCAUCUACAGCGCUCACCAUCUUCAUCAUGAACAUCCACCACUGCGGUCCCGAGGCUCGUCCCGUCCCACCGUGGGCCGAGCGCUUCAUCCUCAACUACCUCGCCCGCAUCUGCUUUGUCUAUGAGGUUGGUGAGAACUGCCUUGGCGGGACCUCGUCCACGAAACAACCUCUGUCACAGGAGGAGUCUGAAGCCCCGUCAGCCAAUGGCAGCAACACCAGAGGAGCAAACUGGGAUGUGAAUGGACAGGCGUGGGGAGGGAGAGCGGAGGAGGAUGGGGAGUCUCUGAAGCUGGGCCGCGAUUCGGACUGGACGGAGGAUCUGUUCGUGACCAUCAACCACUCCGAGGAGGAAGGAGCUGCUGGAGGACAUAAAGUGGAGUCAAACAGAGCCUGUGGAGGAGGAGAAGAGCAUGCUGAGGAGAAGAAAGGCGUAGGAGGUGAAGAGGGAGGCAGAGCCAGACAGAACAUGACGGAGAUCCUGGUGAAAACGCAGUGUGUGUGUCAGCACCAGGGACUGCGCAGGAACAUUGACUACAUUGCCAGCUCGUACCAGGAGCAGCGAGCCGCCCAGCUGCGCAUCGGGGAGUGGAGGAAGGUCGCCAAGGUCAUGGAUCGCUUCUUCAUGUGGCUCUUCUUCAUCAUGGUCUUCUUCAUGAGCAUCCUCAUCCUGGGAAAAGCCAUCUGAUGGAGAUCACAUAGCAGGGUGAAUGAGGUGGUUUAACUUGUUAAGUCCGAAAUCUAAAGUCAUUCUGUUGAACCAAGUGAACAAUAACAGUUCUGUUCGAGUAACUAUUUGAACAUCACCGUUCGAGCAGUUCUGUUCAAGUGGUUACUCCACCAUGUUUUGUACAGCAUAUCCUACUUUGUGUUAUCUUUGCAAACAAUGAGUUCCACCUGAAUUUAUAGUAGAGUAGAUGAGUAGGAAACACUCUCCCAAUAUCUUCCCAACAUUCAGACUGGGACUCACAUUCACCUCCACCUGAACAAUGUCUGAGUGCCGCUUGAAUGGAGACGUGCCAACAUGUGGAAUUUCAAUGCGCGCCAUAGCUUCAUGCAAGAAAAGCUGCAAAAGAAGAUGAGAUAAAAGAUAAAAGUAAGAUUUCAGAGGCUCUUAGAGGGUCUCUGUCGUCUGUUUUGUUUCUGAUGUCUGAACAUGAACAUGAAAUGAACUCACAAACCACACAUUUUUAUUUCAAGUGCACAACUUCACUCAAAUUUGUGUGAAAUGCAUAUUUUUCUGUCACACAUGAAUCUAACACAAAGUCUCACAUGAACACACAAACACUCACACACACACACACACACCUGUCAUUGUAACUCUGAAUGUUUGCCACAUUUUUAAAUACAUUUUGAGUGUUUUAUUGUUUUAUUUUGUUUUGUUUUUUGUGACGACUGUACAAAAAUGAAGUCAGAAUAACCCAGAUAUGGGUGCUGCCAUCUUGUUCUGGUGAUGUCAUUUGGAGCCAGAGUCUGAGCAGUAGUGAUCAGCAGGUGGAACUGAACCCAUCUGAGCCAAUCAGGAACAGCAUUUAGCUCUCAGUCAUGACAUUUCAACUCCUCUUUAUAACAUCAAAUAAUUAAUUGCUCAUGUCCCAUGUGCUAACAUGGAGAGGUUUAAAGCUGUACUGGAGUCAGCCACCAGGGGGCGAAACGGAUGAUUGGGCUUCACUUUGUGAGCUCUCAUGUUGACCAGAUUUAUGUACAGUCAGUUUAUCUGCAUUCAUGAAACUUAGACAGAAUAUGUUGUCUGUUUAGAAAAGAGUAAACAAUUUUGUUUGUUUUGAAACUGUAAAAUAUGCCGAUCAGAACUUGCGAUCUUGAUGAUCAAAUUCAAGAGAUAUUGAAGCGAAACACACUUAUUAACCUAAACAAACCAACGCACUUUCCGAUCAUCUGCAGUGUUUGUAGUCUUAAAGGGACAGUUCACCUCAAAAUCAUCACCAUAAUUUCCUUAUGCGCUGUGAUAAGAAAAGAAAGUAAAUGAAAGUGUUCACAGUAAGAUCUGUGGAUUAUCUUGACAUACUGCGUCAUGAUUUCGGGAAAGAGACGUUGCUGUUUCUCCUUCUCACCACACGUCAUGGUCCAUCUAGCUCCAUUACAUUCAAGAGAAGGCAGACAUCUCUGCAGUUGAUGUGUCUAAAAAUGUGCUACUCCUAUCUAGAAGGAUAAACAGCACUGCAGGUGAACUGUCCCUUUAAAGUAUGCAAAAACCAGAAUCACAGUAACUACUUGUUAUAUAUCCUGUCUGUGUGGUGUUGAACAUUUGUUGGAGAACAUGUUGACGAAACACUGUCAAUGACAUGAAGUACACUAAAGUUUUCUUAUUAAAACAACUUUGUUUACUGAGGUUCACUGAAGGUUUUGCAGAGACAAACGCACAAAUGUCACUAAUCUACCUAAUUAAUAUUAUUUUAUUUGGAGAGAAGUGAGAAAUCGAGAAGCAACACAGGACUUUUUGGGGGUUUUGAUAGGUGAGGAAUAUCAUACAAUCGUACAUAAUUUUGUGAAUUAUAUCACACUGUCAGAAUAUUGCUAACUGAUGCAUGCUUUCAUUAAAAAAUGAUGCAGAGGGCGAACAAACAGAAAGAAAAACAUACAGUAUGUCUGACAGUUAGACUGCAGUCUGGUUGGUCUGCAGCAGAGGGCGCUGCUGCUGCUGCUGCUGCUGCUGCUGCUGCUGCUGCUGUCAUUUUUAUGAACCAGCUUCAUUUGUAUGUAGAUUACUACUUUACUCCAAACUUGAAGGAGUGAGUGAAUGUGAAUUCUCUCCACCUUCAUUAAUCAGAGUGUUAGGUCUUAUGACUUGGCCCACCUGAUCUAUGGAUUAACCACAGUUACCAUCAAUAUGUGAACUGACUGGUGAUCCACACAUCAACAGUUCACAGUGUUUUGUGUAAGUAACAAUAAAUAAGAAUGCAAUGUAUUGUAGUUAAGUGGAAGCGAGUUACUCGAUCGAUUGUUUUAAUCCUAGUCACGUGUUGUAUAAAACAAAAAUAAAAACAUAUCCACAGUC